AACAGUUAGAAAACGAUUAAUCAUGGCAGUGAUAAGAGGUCUUGUGCUUCUUUUCUUGGUCUCUUCUUUGGAGUAUGCAGCAGCCCAAAAUAAUCUAUGUACCCAAAGUCAAAGAGGACGGUCAAUGCCUGCCACUCCUCAUCGUCCACCACCAAGAACGACUGCAACUCCAGCUAAAACUUGCUCAGUUGGAUGGCAACGUUUUGGAGCAAAAUGCUUCAGGUUCUACCCUCAGGCAGUGAACUGGGCCACAGCUGAGAAAAUCUGUCAAGUCUUUGGUGGUAAUCUGGCAUCAGUGCGCACUAAAGUGAAAAAUGACUUUCUACUGAGUCUGGUGCCCAGUAACACACGUGCUUGGAUCGGCGGUCAUGAUGGUGAAGUGGAUGGACAGUGGCUGUGGAGUAAUGGAGCUAGAUUUGACUACACCAACUGGUGCAGAGGUGAACCGAAUAAUUAUCGCCGUCCAGAGAAUUGCCUGGAGCUAAACUUCAGCGGUAACCGUUGCUGGAAUGAUGAGUCUUGUUCAGUUGGAAUGGGUUACAUUUGUGGCCGAAAACCCAGUUAAGAAGUUACUCUUCUCUACAAGUAUACUUCGAUUGUAC